UUGGAAUUUGGAUAUGGACUGCGCGUGGGCUGCACUCUCUCUCUCUCCCCCUCUACUCUUUAUCCCACGCGCGCUUUCCUCUCACCACUCUCAUUCUCACUGCCAAGUUACUGACAGGGAAACAGUGAUAGGGCGGGCCGACUUCCGUUCACCUCAUCGGCUCCUCUGCGGACUGAACGAACCAGUCGCCGGGCGGCCUUCCUUCCCCACCUCCGCCUCGAGCUUCUUCAAUCUACCCCCACCCCACAACCGCAUUGCGCAGGAAUAUUGACGGGAGGGAAUCCCGUCAAUCCCUCUCUUUCACUUCCUCCCCCACUGCUAAAUCAGCCUCCUCCCUGCUCCCUGCCCUGCAGCUUCAUUCUGGCUUCCGUCGCCCGAACUGCACUGUUUCAGGCUUGGAGCUGCCUUUUCCCUUCUGGGCCUAGCAGAAACAAGACAGAGAGAGUAAAUGCUUUUUUCAUCAGGGCAGAGACCCUCUCCUCGGAUCCCUCGUCCUGAGAUUUCCAGAUUUUUGUUUUGGAGGAAAUGUGAGCAGUUCUUGAAGGUCCCGAGAGGUGGUGCAUUUUAGAUUGUAGAUGUAGAUUUAGAAUCGUAUGCUGGACUUGGAGGUUGAGGUUUCUAGCUAUGGUGUUUGGAGAGAUGAUGGUAGGUGAUAGGACGUCGAAAGUGGUGCCGUCUUUGGCCGUGGUGGAGAAAAGGCAAGCUCUGAGGCCGACGGGUGGCUGUGUUGGGCUGUUUCAGCUGUUUGACUGGCACAGGAGGUUCUCCAAGAAGAAGCUCUUCUCUAGGAAGUUGCUUCCUCCCGCACGUCCUAAACAAGCGACGAGGAACUUUAAGGGAGAUGAGAAGAUGCCAGUUGUUAAACUUCAUUAUAUUGCCGAUGAGAAUAAGGCGGGUUUCCCUAAUUCGAGAAAAACCAAGAAUAUCAACAUUGAGAGAAAGCAUGAGAUGGGAACGCCUGGGUUGGUUGCUAGGCUCAUGGGUCUCGAGUCUAUGCCUUCUGUGUCUCAAGAAAAGGUGGACGAGGCAUCAUCACAUGAAAUUUAUGAUUAUAUAGCCAGUAAAUCUGAGCUAACCAACAAGGGGUUAGGAAGGGAAGAGAUAAAUCUGGAGAAGGGACAGAUGAGACAUGAACGGCCACAGAAGCUGCAGAAGACUGGACUCUCCGAGGGGCGAGCGGUGACAAGGUUCGGAACCGAGGCUCUGCAUAUUAAGGGAGCUCUGUCCCGAUCCAGGAAGCAGAAUCACCCAAAGCUGGCAUCUCCUGUGAAAAGCCCAAGGAUUUCUUCCUUGAGGAAUGUCUCUCACAAAUCUCGCUUAAUAGGUGCAGCUACUAAGAUACUGGAACCAGGGUUGCAGGCCAAAAACAGGAUAAAUGUACUAACUUAUUCCGAAUCUAUGCACUAUGUUCCUAGCGAUCAAGUGAUUUUAGAAAGUUCAGCCACAGAGCAAACACCAUAUAUUAACUGUGGUCAUAUGCUAAAAAAUACAAACAUUAGUCAAUAUAUGGACAAUCACAGAUCGGAAUAUGCUCCUGCUGGUUUGACUUCCUCUGGAUUACCCAAUGCUUCCUAUCGGGAUUCUGUUGGUCAUAGAAAGGCCCCUAUUGUUCCUGUUGAUAAACAGAAGGUGUUUUGUAAGAGAAGGCAAGAGGAGUCUCUAUCUCUAAAGGAAGCUAAAAGACUUCCUCCAGAGUGCCAAGAACCCUGGCAUUUGCGUACUAAAAAGGGUGCCCCGCAGAGGGAAGAAUCAUCCUCAGUCGCUCCACUGAAGAGCAGAAGGGUGUCUUCAGCCGCAAGUUCUGUCUCCGGCACAAAGGAUUUUGUGGCUUUGAACCGAAGCCUCAGUGGUCAGACCCGUCCAAGGGUCCCCAGUAAGGCUGAGAGCUCUAGCAUUGAUGAAACGAGAAGAUCUCGUGGCCGAAGAGAUGAUUCUAUCUCGCAUCUAAGGUCUCCUGCUCGGAGGAUGAGGACUGCCAGUUCAAAUCAACAAGUUGGAAGCGUAAAUAUCCGCGAUUCUACGCUUGAGAAACAGAGAAAAGUUACGCCCGUUGCAGUUACUGGUAAUGGCAAAACCAGUGAUAAAAGUAGUGUUAUUUCUUUUACAUUUAAUUCUCCGUGGAAGCAAAAGACCAGUUCUUCCACAGAAGCUGAGGACAGAAGAUCGCGUGAGAGUGAUGACUCAGGAGACUUAGUGUUGGAGGGAAGAGAUAAAAAAGCUUUCUUCCAGGAACAGUUGGCCCUGAGAGGGGAUGCGUUAGGCGCCCUUCUGGAGCAGAAACUAAAAGAACUGAUCUCCCAAGAAGAAGAUGAAUCAACCAGCGGGUCGACUUUGCCCAAGCGAUCUACGGCUAUGAUUCUUCAAGAAUUGAUAGCUGCUUUAACUACUGAUCCCACUCUUUCACAAGAAACUGAUACGCCUGAGACCAACAAAGCUUUCCAGGUUAAAUCGAGGAAAGAGAGGUCAGUGGCUGAACUUCCAUGCGACGCCAAUCAUUUUAGCCCUGGAUCGGUUCUUGAUGCUUCGUUCUCGAAUGAUAGUUGUGUUUCAAGUAGUUUGGAUGAUAGCUCAGGACUCAAUUUGCUGACUGACUUUAUAGACUUCUCCUGCGAUGUUCCGCAACCACGAGAACUUGAUGGCGAUCUUUCUGACUUUGCGACAACACUGGAGAAACAUAGUGCCCAUGGGAACAUCAUGAUCAAUCUUAUUGGCUGCAUCAGCAGAGCGCUCAGUCAGCUUAAUCUUGCUGGGCUUAGGUUAUCAGGAAGCAAACUGUCCUACACCGAGGAAGUUAUUCUGCACACUGAAAUGCUGUUUUCUGGUACAACUCACCCGAGUAUGUUCGGUACAGAAGAGAUCAUCGUGAGCCCCUCUCUCCUAGAUGAACUCGAAUCUCUUGCCAUUUCUGCAUGGAUGAGUAUUGGUUGGUUGGAUGGUUUAGUGAACUUGAAAGAGGGAAAGCAACUCAAGGAAUUUCUUUUUGACUGCCUGUUAGAAUGUCUAGACUCGAAGUAUCAUCCAUGCUCUGACUUUGGAUACCGAAAGUGGAGUAGACUUCCUCGACGUUUGAAUGACAACACUUUGGUUUGGGAAGUUGAAGGUGGACUUAAAACGUGGGCUGGUUUAACUGGGAUGAGUGUUGAUGAGAUGAUAGAGUGGGAGAUGAAUCAUUCUCUCGGCAAAUGGGUAGAUUUCGAUAUCGAGGCAUUUGAGAAUGGAUGUGACAUUGAAAGAGAUAUACUCCAGGGUAUGGUGGAAGAAAUUGUAGAUGACAUUCUGCAGUACAGCUGAGCACGAACGGUCUAGCUCUCUUCUCUGCAUUCCUGGAAAGUCAUCUUACCAUUGGAAGUGGUUUUCGGCUUAUGCAGAGAGGAUAUGUGGAUUCUAUAGAUGUGCAGCAUUUUGUUGAAACUUGUAUGUAGUCUGCCCGAAACUCGUGACUGGCAUUUCCUGCCCCAUUUUGUGAUUAGUUAUUGCAUAUCAAAUUAAGGAAACUGGCAGGUGAAUCCACGAGAAGCUUUCCAAAAUCA